AUGUCUUUGCCCACCAUUUCCAAACCGACCUUCGAGCAUCACCAUAGCGGCCUGGGGCUGAGCCAACCCAAACCACGAGUCUCCUGGCGAUUCUUGACUACUGGAAGCCAAGAUCCGGUUCAAGAUUGGGUCCAGGCCGCCUAUGAACUCGAGAUCACUAGCCCAAGCACGGGUACAGUAGCUCUGCAUCAUGUUGAUAGCGAGCAAUCGGUCCUUGUCCCAUGGCCUGCAGCAGCCUUGUUGUCACGAGAGGCAGUCACCGUCAGAGUGCGCUGUCACGGAAAGAAGCAAGAAGACGGUGCCAACAAUGGUACAUCAUGGACAGAGUGGUCGGAGCCUGCAACAGCGGAGGUGGCCUUGCUUCAAAGAAGUGACUGGAAAGCCUCAUUUAUCACCUCUUCGAAAAGGUUCGGAGACGGGCCAUUACAGCCGGUUCGAUUUCGGAAAGAUUUCUCGAUUCCGCCAGAACACAAGACGUCUUUCAAGGCAAGACUUUAUAUUACGUCCCUUGGUGUCCACGAUGCCUACAUCAAUGGCAAACCUGUCAGCGACGUAUGUCUUGCCCCAGGUUGGACCAGCUACAAACACCGACUCAACUACUCCGUCUACGACGUGACCUCGAUUCUAUCACCCGAAGGUACGAACACAAUAUGUGCAGAGGUGGGAGAGGGUUGGUAUGCAACUAGGUUAGGGUUCAAAGCUGGGAAGAGAUUUUGCUACGGAGAAGAACUUGGGCUCCUGGUCCAACUCGAGAUAGCUUCUCGGAAGGCGACUUCCACAUUCGAAGUGCUAUCUGAUGACUCGUGGCUUUGCGGCCCGAGUUCGAUUCAAAGCAGUGAGUUGUAUGACGGAGAGGCUAUCGACAUGCGACAUGAACAACUAGAUUGGAGUAGCAUCGGUGGUUCCAUAAGGCUCUCGGGGGAAACUAAGAUCUUGCCAUGGACGUCUGCAAAUCUGGUGUCUCCUGAUGCACCACCAGUGAGGGUGACUGAGUCACGAUCACCAGUGGAAGUCCUUUUGAGUAGAAGUGGGAAGGUCAUCAUUGACUUUGGCCAAAAUUUAGUGGGCAAGCUGCUUGUGAAGUCGGUGCAUCUGCCCAAAGGUGCCCAACUCCGCUUCCGGCACGCCGAAGUGAUGGAGCAUGGAGAAUUAGGAGUCCGUCCUUUGAGAUUUGCAAAGGCUACAGACACCAUCACUGGUUCCGGCGAGAUGAUAAGAGACUGGACUCCACGCUUUACUUUCCAUGGUUUCAGGUAUGUUCAGGUGGAUGGAUGGCCAUCUGUGUCAGGACAGCCCCAAAACGAAGACAUCCUUGCCCUUAUUAUGCACAGCGAUCUCAAGCGCCGUGGCUUAUUCAACUGCUCAAAUACAAGUGUCAAUCAGUUGCACAAAAACGUUGUCUGGUCCAUGCGAGGAAAUUUCUUGUCAAUCCCGACAGACUGCCCACAGCGAGACGAGCGACUCGGAUGGACCGGCGAUAUUCAAGUUUUCUGUCCUUCAGCAAAUUACCUCUUUGACACAACUGGCAUGCUGGGAAAUUGGUUAGAAGAUGUCGCUGCAGAACAGCUCGAGGAUUGGCGAGGCGGAAUCUCCGGCUUGGUUUGUCCAGAUGUCUUGCCACCACAUUGGCCUCACAUCCCCCAAGCCGUUUGGGACGAUGUUACCAUACUCACCCCCAAUGACCUCUAUCAAUAUAGCGCCGACACCGACUUGCUUGAGCGACAAUUUGUGAGCAUGCAAACGUGGCUAGAUAAAGGGGUCGACCGUGGUGACGACGGUCUAUGGAAUCCGGACCAAUGGCAGCUCUCAGACUGGCUGGACCCCACAGCUCCUCCAGAUGAUCCAGGAUCAAGCAGAACGGAUGAUGUGAUGGUGGCCGAUGCAUACCUCGUGCAUGUUACAGGAGUCUUUGCUCACAUCUGCGCGAGAUUGGGAAAGAGCUUACUCUCUGCCAAGUACGCUGCAGACGCAGCAAGACUGCGGAUGCUCUUCCAACAUAAAUAUAUCACGCCCCAUGGGAAUCUGAUGUCUAAUUCUCAAACUGGGGUUGCUCUCGCAAUACAAUUUGGCUUGUAUGCAACGGCAGCACACCGCCUCGUGGCAGCCAACAGCUUACAGAAGCUUGUUAGGAGAGCACGCUUCAACAUCGCAACUGGUUUCGCUGGAACACCGGUCAUCUUGCACGCACUAACAACAACUAAGCUACCGCAAAUCGCUUAUCGGAUGUUAUUGGAGAAGUCGUGUCCUAGCUGGUUGUAUCCUAUUACCAUGGGCGCAACAACGAUAUGGGAGCGGUGGGAUAGUAUGUUGCCUGAUGGCACAAUCAACCCCGGGCAAAUGACAAGCUUCAACCAUUACGCGCUUGGAGCUGUUGCGGACUGGCUACACGGCUCGGUCGGUGGCAUAAGUCCCUUGGAACCAGGUUGGAAGGUCGUGAAAGUCAGGCCGGUGCCGGGAGGGAAUGUGACGUCCGCUGAGGCGUCGUUUGAUGGCCCGUACGGAUUGGUGAGCUGCGCUUGGAAGUUGGAAGAGAAUGGCACCCGGUUUGCCAUGUCUCUUGUGGUGCCGCCAAACUCGACUGCUGUUGUAACGCUGCCUUCUGAGUUAUCAGUUUCCGUUUCUGAUGGAGAUGAGCCUAGCAGACAGGUCGGCUCUGGAAGCCACCGCUUUGUGUGCGAGUAUAUAGCAGCCGCAUGGCCACCAAAGGCGAUUGUCGCUGCACAUCUACCACCAGCCGAGGAGAACAUAGCGAUAUAAGGGGAAAUUAACUAGCCUAGAUUGUAUUUUGAAUGGAUUUCGAG